AUGCGGCUUCAUCUGAUUAUCUCACGGCAUGGUCUGCCAGCUACACGGGUUUUGUGGACGACUACGGCUGCCGCUUCGUUAGGAGAAUAUGGGACCCGUAGCGCAGCUCCGACUUCUGCGAUUGCCUCGUCUCGGAACCCCAAUGUUGCGUUUUCUAAUGGUGGAUACACGAUUGCUCAGUUGUUGGAAGACAUAAAUGAGGUUGUGCCACUCGAGACGGAGCCCAGCGUCUUUGAUCCGGAGUUCAGUGGCCAGUGGGGGUUGGAAGAUUAUGUAGUGGAGGUUUGUGGAUCGGAAUGUCUACAUUUUAUGGAAGUGGAGGGGUUACUUCGUGAUGGCGAUGAAGUUGUCAUCCGUGCUUUACAGCUUGCCGAUCUGCGCGCAAGGCGGCUUUGUGGUCGUCAUCAGAUUGCUACAGAUGGCAAACACCUUAUCGAUGGUGUUCCAUUUGGAUUGCCCUUUCUCAAGCGCGCAACCACUAGCCGACCCGCUAUUACGAUUCCUCCUCGAAAGAAACGCCGGACUGCAUUCUCUUCUAGCUGGGACCAAGACCCGGGACAUGCGUACGAAGCUUUGAAUGAGGAUGAGGAAGGCGACAGGGAGUGGCUACCACCAACUGACCCCGGAUUCGGAAAGGAGCUCUCGAUCCUGCCCGUGGAGCAUGACAUGUCUAUGGGCACUGUAAUCAGACACCCCAUUGAUCACUCGGCGGAUGAGGACAGUGAGGAUGUAGACGAAUAUGAACCUGAGGAAGAUGAGCUCGAGAGUGAGCUCAAGGCCUUGAAGGAGGAAUUUGAAGAGCCCGCUUCACAAUUCGUUGAUAUUCGGAACCAAAGCCAACAAGUUGCUGAUAUUUCGACGGGACGUCCUACCUCUGCGGGUAACAGACCAGGUUCUGCGAGUACACUUCCGGGGGGAUCUGUGGUGGGCGCUUCAUCUUUGUCCAGUAAACGCUCGCGAGGUGACGAAUCUUCACCUAGGGUUUCCAAGGCUGUGAGGUUUAAUAGAGGAGACUUAUUCCCAGAAGAGCCGCAACUCGCCCAAAUCGGCAAAACUGAAGUCAAAGAUAGUUUACCUGAAUUAUCCGACUCCGAAUGUGGCUCCGACUCUGACAGCGACUCUGAUUCUGAUUCUGAUUCUGAUUCCGAUUCCGAUUCCGAUUCUGAUGAAUCGCAAGAAGGCUCCACUGGAUCAAACGCAGCAUCUUCAUCCGCAGAAGAACCUUCGGAGGAUGAACAGUCAGAUUCAUCGAGCUCAUCUUCGUCUGAUUCUAGUUCCGAUGACUCCUCGUCCGAGGACGAAAAGCCCGCCCCAAAAAAAGCACGAAGCUCCCUUAUGGCACCUCCUGGUCAGGGUACCAUACGGACCAAGAAAAGCAACAAUCGAUUCAAGCUUCGUCGCCGUCUUUCCAAGCUUAAAGAGGUUGGCGUGCUCCCUGCCGACGCAGACUUUUCUGUAUUGCGCGCCUGGGAAGAGAAAAACGGAGGCUUCCACUUCCCUGAGGAGUCACACAUCAUGUCCCCUGCAUUAAAGAAGGCGGAAAAGAAAGAGCUAGAACAGAAAGAAUUUGAAGCCAAACGGCAGCAACUUCUACGAGACCUUGCAGCCUGCGGUGUUGAUCUUGAAGGGACAUCUGAAAAGGAAAAUGUUCCCCCGCGCACUUCUACCGUCUCCGCACCUGCGGUCCCUGAACCUGCUGUUGAAGAGUCCAAAACCGAAACCCCUGAAACCGAACGCGCAAAUCGCCGUACCUUGGAUAUCGCAAGUUCGCGACGACUGCUUUUCGGGUCUCUUGGAGUACGCACGCCAAAGACAAAAGAAGACGAAGAGAAGACCAUGAGAAAGCUAGCGGCCCAAGCCAGCAAAGUUCACAAAAAGCGAGCUGAGAAAGUGCCCGUCGAAGAAGAAUUGCCCGUCGAGGAGAGCGAUGAUGGUUCUAACUGGGAAGACAAACUCAAUAUCAAAGCUACAGAAUGCGUAUUUGAAGAUAUUCCCCUAACGGCACCACCGUUCCCCUUUAAGAACCGCUGGGAUGCGGAAGCGAAUGCGUUGAUUCGGGAGCGGAUGGGCUGGAACAAGAAGCGCAAACGCAAGCAAAGAGUCCAGGUCUACGAGGAAGCCGAGGAGUAUGAUGAGGGCCAGUAUGGAGAAGAGGGCCAAUAUGGAGAAGAGGGCCAGUAUGAUGAGGCCCAUUAUGGAGACGAGCUCUACAAUGCAUACCAAGGAGCUGAAGGCUACGAGUACGGACAGGUUGCCUUCCACAACUAUAACGAGCCCACCCCGUCUGUCAACAAGAAAAGACGUGGAGAAGAACCGAUGGUCGAUGAUCUUCCUGUCUUUCCCACCGACUCAAGUUCUGUCCCGGAGUUGCUUGAGAGUGAAGCAAAACCUGGUGCUAUCAUCGCUUUUCGCCAACUAGAUAUGUCUAAGGCGACAAAUUGGCAGCCCCGUAUGUCCGAGUACAGAGUUGCCGAAGUUCAAAAGGUUGACAAGGAUGCCAUUCAUGUUCGACUAGCAGUACGCGAUCGGAGACCAAAGAAAAACCCUGAGGAUGACGAAGGAGACGAACCCCGUCAGUACAGCGGCUUCGAGAUGCCUGGAUUUGAUGACGAUGAAGAGGAUGACGACGGCUAUCGCGAGCUUGUCUAUGCGGAACUCAGCGAUCCAAAGCUUCUAAAACCUGCGCCACGGACUGUAGACGAUGACUCGGAUGAUGACUCGGAUGAUGAAUCGGAUGACUCCAGCGAUGAAUCCGGCAGUGAGAAGGAGAAAGAUGAGGAGAAAGAGAAGGAUAAAAAUGUCGUGCAACAAGAUAGCAUUAUCUCCGUAGUUGCGGAUUCGAUGCCGAACGCCCAGCUGGCCCCUCCCUUGGACGACAUGGACCUUGAUGAAACGACAUUUGUCACUCUAGUCACCGCCAGCGAAUCUCCGCAAAGGCUCUCCGACGUCACGUCUAUUCACACUCCCGGCAUCGUGCUGCGACGUGCAACUCUAGACCAAGGCAUCGAAGAUGAAACUAGUGACAGCCCUCCAGUACCGUCACCAUCUUUCUCGGGAUUUCAUUCUGCGCGGUCAUCUCCGGGCACGAGAUUGCGUUUCGGCAAUGAAGGCGAAGAGAGCAAUCUCGAUGGUCACACUCUUGUCGGCGAGGCGCAAUCUAUGCUCGACAUCUCCAACCAGGAAAUUUCGACGCUUUCCUUUUUAUCCGCCAAUGAAACCAUGUCCCACGAUCAAUCUCACUCCGAGGAGCACGAUCGCCAGGUUAUUGAAGAGCCCCAAGUUCUUGGAGUCAACGGUUCUGGACCGGAUUCCUUAAUCUCACAGGUUCAUAACCCAGCCGGUGCCAAUUCGGAUCAGUCUCACCCACCGCCUGUCCCUACGCGGGUUGCUGUUGAAGAAAGUUCCGACACACGAAGGGUUUCUCAAUCAUGGGAAGAUAUCCUGCGCACGCCUUCUCACGAAAACUCCGAUCUGGAAGACGACGCAGAGCAUGCGAAACACGACAUAGAAGAAGAUAAAGACAGUCUUCUUCAUAGUAACCAAAGCCUCGAUCCGUCUCCGAACCCAUCCCCCCCUCCAUCCAGCUCGCGAUUCUCGGACAAACCCCCUCCGAGUGCCCAACCAGAACGUCGCUCCAAGAAGUCCAAGAAAUCAAAGGCAUCGUCCAAAACAAAUACUGAAUCUCCCGCAUCAUCCAUCCGUUCCAAGUCCCGUGCUGUUCUUCCGUCCUCCGAGGUCCCUUCAUCACAGAUGUCUGAACUUGUGGACCUCACAAGCCCCGGUCCCAUUGAGCCCACGGACGAGGCACCAAAUGAUGAACCCGAGGGGGUCUCGAAGCCCGCUGCUGACGAUAGUACCCCUGUACGACAGAUCAAAAUGCAGCGCAUGACCGAAGUCAGCGUCAGUCCCCAGGUCAGCCAGAAGAAGAACAAGAAGCGCUUGUCGCGCAAGUUUUGA